GCGCCGGGCUUCACUGCGCAGGCGCGGACGCCGCCGCCGGCGUGGUCCCCAUGGAGCUGCCGUAGCGGACCCAGCGCAGCCAGGAGCGUUCGGGAUGAGCUCAGCUGCGGCGGACCACUGGGCGUGGUUGUUGGUGCUCAGUUUUGUGUUUGGGUGCAAUGUUCUUAGGAUCCUCCUCCCGUCCUUCUCAUCCUUCGUAAGUGGUUGCCAGGCCUCCCAAGGGCCGGUGGGGACGCCGCCCCAGUCCUCCGACUGGUCUGGCAGGCAUUCGAGCAGCCCCCGGCCAGGAUUUCCCAGAAGCCUGGCGGGCGAUGUCAGCUGUUCCAGGUGCCGGAGAGAUGGAUCCUCGCGUCCAGAAGGCCACAUUCUUGGGAUGUCCAGGGUGCUGCAGAAGGAUGCGGAGCAGGAGUCACAGAUGAGAGCGGAGAUCCAGGACAUGAAGCAGGAGCUCUCCACGGUCAACAUGAUGGACGAAUUUGCCAGAUAUGCCAGACUGGAAAGAAAGAUCAACAAGAUGACGGAUAAGCUCAAAACCCAUGUAAAAGCUCGGACAGCUCAAUUAGCCAAGAUAAAAUGGGUGAUAAGUGUGGCUUUCUACGUAUUGCAGGCUGCCCUGAUGAUCUCACUCAUUUGGAAGUACUAUUCUGUUCCUGUGGCUGUCGUGCCGAGUAAAUGGAUAACCCCUCUAGACCGCCUGGUAGCCUUUCCUACUAGAGUAGCAGGUGGUGUUGGAAUUACCUGUUGGAUUUUAGUCUGUAACAAAGUUGUGGCUAUUGUGCUUCAUCCGUUCAGCUGAACAGGAAGAUGGAUACAGCUAUGAGGCUUUUAAAAAUGGAUUUUCUCUUACUAGGUUAAAAAUCUGAUUUAUACUUUUUUUUUUAAGAAACAAAAGUACACAGUUUAGAUUUUUUUUUGUUGAAUAUGUUUGUUCUUGGACUUUAUGAGAGAUUCUUAUAAGAAUCAUGAUUUUCUACACUUGUCGUUGAGCCAAGAAAGUCCAGUUUAUGACACGUGUAUACCAACGAACACCGUCCUAGAUCCGUAUGAAAUGUGAAACGUUCAGGGACAUCUCCGUGCCGCCGCUCGUGAUUUGCACUCGUAUAUUUUGGUCAUAUUGCCAGCCAGAAACUCAAAAUUUUCUAACAACUUAAGUUCUGUGAAGACUUAGUGCUGCUUUUAAUCCAGUUUAGAAAGUAACUUAAUUUUAAUCCCACUACUAAGAAUUUGAGAAUUUCUUCUUUAACCACAUUCAGUACAACUAAAAGAACAACACUAAUUAACAUUGCUUGGGCUUUUUCUCCCUUUGUUUAAAAUGUCAUUUGAGCAAGAGCUGUAUAGUAUUAUCUACUUACUCGAAGCUGUUAAUUUUUCAUUACAGUGUUUUGUAAAUGUAUCCAUGAGACCAUAAUGCAUUGUUUUGUGCUCAAAUUGUGUUUUGUAUUUAAAGCAUUUUGAAUGAAGUGUAUUUUGUAAGCAUUUAAUAUUUAUGCUCUUUAGAAUGGAACACAGGAAACAAACCUUAUCAGGCCUGAUUAAAUUAUUCUGAACCAAUAACCUGUGUGGCCCACAAAGUAUAAUUCUGCUAAAUGCUUUUUAAAACACUUUUUUCUAAUUAAAAUCUUGGCAAAUGCUUGUGUGA